AUGUUCAUUAAGUCCGUUGUUGCCCUCUUCGCGGCCGCUGCCGUCUCUGCGGCACCUGCAAUCAAGGUCGCAAGAGAUGACCUCCAGCCUUGGCAAAUCACCCGACUAUAUACGCACACUCCGAGUGGCAACCCAGGGAACGAUCCCCAUUCUGUCCUCAAUUUUACCAUUUCGGAUCCCAACACCAUCCCCGCUGGCCAGACUCCCACCGGACAAGCUGUCUUCCCUCCGACGACUGCCAUCUGCUCGCUGCGGUACCUGACCAGCGCAGACGCCCCGUGGGGCGUAGAGCAGCCGUGUACCACCGACAACAGUACCAACGCAUACUCCACUUGGACUUUCACCUUGAACCACCCCAAUGGUUCAAAUGGUGAGGCCUCGACAAACUUCGACUUGGAGUUCAAGCUCGUUGACCAUGUCCAAAUUCCGGGACAGGAGGUUACGAAAACAUUCACUGCUGGCGACCACUUCGAGGUCGGCGACAACAUGGGUGGACAGUGCGGUGGAAGCGGAGUGUGCAGUUGGAACUUGCAAAACCUCCCCUACGAUGUCCAGCAGACUCAGGAGGAUGCUUAG